AGAUUGCGGGAGCAAUUAUGAUGAGACGAUUAUGACAAUGUGCUUCCUCAUAACAUAGUAUUGUAUGUACAUAGUUAUUAUCUAUUUAAAGGUCUUAAAAAAUCGCCUUGUCUUCAUAAAACACAAUCUCAUCCAACAUAAUGUCGACCCCCUCGCCCAUCAAUGUCGGUGUCAUUGGCUUUGGCAUGAGUGCCCAAGUCUUCCAUGCUCCUCUGAUCUCCACUACUCCUGGCCUAAACCUUGCGGCCUUUGUUAAUCGUAGAGGACAAAAUCAUAUUCUCUCCUCCAAAUAUCCCAACGCAUCUGUCUACCAAUCGCACCAGCAGCUGUUGCAGGAUCCUAAUAUCGACCUCGUAGUUAUUACCACUCCCAAUGUUUUGCAUUUUGACCUUGCACGAGAGGCGAUUGAGGCUGGCAAGCACGUCGUUGUCGAAAAGCCCUUCACGAUCACAUUUGAAGAGGGCAUGUUGCUCGCGAAGCUGGCCAAGCAGCACUCACGUGUUCUUUCUGUCUUCCAGAACCGUCGCUGGGACGCAGAUUUUUUAACUGUCCAAAAGUUGGUCCACUCUCAAAAAUCCACCUUGGGCAGGAUUGUCAGCUUUGAGUCGCGCUUUGAUCGGUUCCGAAAUUUUAGUAAGAAUGGCUGGAGAGAGACUGGUCGUGUUGAGGAAGGAAGUGGUGUGCUCUAUGACUUGUGCUCGCAUCUGCUGGAUCAGACAUUGGUUCUCUUUGGAACACCCGAGUAUGUGACAGCACAUGUGUCGAACCAACGCCAGCUCGAGACUUCCCAGGUAGACGAUCAAUUCCUAGUGCAUCUUGAUUACAAAGAUGGAUUGCGAUGUACCCUUGGCGCAGCAAUGUUGGCUAGAAUUCCCACGCCUCGCUUCCGUCUGACUGGAAUGAAUGGUUCAUAUGUGAAAUAUGGAUUGGAUGUCCAGGAAAAUCAACUAAAAGAGGGAUUAACACCCAAGGAUAAUGCUUACGGUAUUGAGAAAGAGAGCUGUUGGGGCGAUAUCGAUACACUACUGGUGGUUGAAGGAACCCAACUCCAUGUGAAGGGUAAGAUUGAUAGUGAGCAGGGUUCGUAUGGUGCUUAUUAUGCCAAUAUUAGUCGGGCAAUCCAGGGUCUCGAGCCACUUAGUGUGACAGCCGAGCAGGCAGCUUGGGUUAUCCACGGCAUCCAGCUUGCGAUCAAGAGUUCUCAAACCGGACAACGUAUGAAGUGGGGCGAGCUUUAGAAUAUCAAAUUAGUCAAUAUCAGAAUACAGUCCCAUGCCAACCAGCCAGCCAAAAAAAAAAGUGAAGCUUAUAGCCAAUCAACAGUCGACAAUGCACAAUUAAAGAAGCU